AUGGGUCAGUUGCAAAAGAUUCUCAUUCCCUUUUUGGGAUUGGUUUUGGCCUUCUGGUUUUAUUCUGCGAGGGAGAAUUUCAAACCGGAGAUGCUGAAAGGGAAGCGGGUGAUCGUCACCGGAGCAAGCACUGGAAUUGGAGAGCAGAUGGCGUAUCACCUGGCGCGGAUGGGAUCCCACAUUUUGAUCACAGCACGGACAGAGGCCAAGCUACAGAAAGUGGUGGAGCGGUGCUUGGAGCUGGGGGCAGCCUCUGCGCGGUACGUCAGCGGCACCAUGGAGGACAUGGCCUUCGCCGAGCGCGUGGUGAGGGAGGCAGAGAUCUCGCUGGGAGGCCUAGACAUGCUGAUUCUUAAUCACAUCGGCACGUCGUACUUUGAUUUUUUCAACGGGGAUGUUGGGCACGUACGAAAGCUCCUGGAGAUCAACUUCCUCAGCUACGUGGCGAUGACCACAUCUGCCCUGCCCAUGCUGAAGGAGAGCGAGGGCAGCAUCGUCGUGGUUUCAUCCAUGGCAGGUAAAGUCGGGUUUCCCUUUACGGCACCCUACUCUGCAACUAAGUUUGCCUUGGAUGGAUUUUUCAGCUCCCUGAGGCAGGAAUUCAGCAUUAAGAGCAUUAACGUUUCCAUCACGCUCUGCAUCCUCGGCUUCAUUGAUACUGGUAAGAUCGGUGCUGUUCGAUCCGUCUGA